UUUAAAUUUCUUUAAGAAUUAUCUAUUGUGUAAUAUACUGUCAACAGGAGUUCAGUUUUAAAGGAAUACUACUGCUAGCCUGAAAGACUGUGGAAAAGAAAUUCUUUUUCCCCCUUACACACUGAUAGUUCUUAUAUUUGCAUUCCUGCAAUUUUUAUAAUAAAAAAACAUUGGAUUAGCAUCAAGAGAAAUGGCAGAAGUUGGGAAUGACUGCUAUUACUUUUUUAAUUCCACAUGCAUUAAGGGUUCCCAGUGCCGAUUCCGACACUGUGAAGAGGCCCUUGGCAGUGACACUGUGUGCUCUUUAUGGAGAGAGGGAAAAUGUUUAGAUCCACUUUGCAGAUUUAGACACAUGGAAAUGCAGCAAAACUGCAGUAUUUCAUGCUUCUGGGAAACUCAACCUCUUGGUUGUGUGAAGAUCAGUUGUAUCUUUUAUCACAGCAAGCCUCGAAAUAUCAAUGGAUUAUUUUUGCCACCAAGUAGCAAUAUCACAGUACAGAAAGAAACUCAGGAAGGCAUACCUUCCCCAACACAGAGUCAGGAACCCCUGAAACCCCAGGAGAAUAUAUCACGACCUAUUCAUCACCCUUUAGUUUUAAAAACUAAAUUUGAGGAUGAAGAAGAGGAAGGAGAAGAACAAAACGAUUAUUUGGCUUUGGGACAAUUUAAUUUAAAAACAAUAUAUCCUAUAGAUGCUUCUGGUUUAUGGACAAAGACUCCUGAAGAAAUUGAAGAAAAAAGAGCCAUAAAGGAAAUGUGUUAUAAAUCUGGUGGAUACUACAGAUUUCAUACUCCUCCAGAUAUUUCAUCAUCAAAAAGCGUAUCCUCUACAGCAGAAAAAGAGUUAGAAAAACCUAUGGAAAAUGGCAGUGAAUUGCAAGAAGGGGAUGGUCUUACAGUUCCAACAAAAUUUAGUCUAUCUGAAAGGCAAGGUGAGAUAAAAGCAUCAUUGGAUAGGAAACCAAGGACUGACAUUGCUGCUUUUGAAAAUGGAGGAGGUGAUUGUUAUGUUCCACAGAGGAUCAUAUUUCUUGGAGUAGAUGAAAAUGAAGCUUUAAAUGAAGAGAAAGAAACCUCCAUGUCAAAAUGUUCAAACACUAAAGAUAACAAGGACAGUCCUCAUCCAAAGCGUUCCCUAACUACCCGGCUAGUACCUACUACGCAUGUAUUAAAUGCAACUGAGAAUAUCAGUAUGAAGUGCAGAGAGGACCCCUCUUCAAUGAAUGAUGUCCAGCCUGUGAGAAAGCCUCAUUUUAAAGGUGUGAAAAAAAGAAAAUGGAUUUAUGAUGAAUCAAAGAACUUUCCUGGCCCAGGAAUGCGGAGAGUACAAGCCCCAAAUCCCAAAAAUAAAAUGAGUUACCAUCGCAAUAAUAAAAGCAGAAAUGCUGAGAAUGCCCCCUAUAUCCAUGUUCAGAGAGAGGCUGUCAGGACAGCGACAUUGAACGCACCUCCCCGCAACAGGCCCUCAAAUGGGUCCUACAGUAAAGUGGAUGUUAAUAAGGAACCCAAACUCAACCUCUGUCCAGAUAAAUAUAUGUCAACAUCGUAUAAUGGUUCAGCCUGGCGCAAAAGAAUUCCUUUUUCAAAAACAUAUUCAAAAACUGAGAAGAUAUAUACAGAGCCAAGAAGAAAUGGGAGCAAGUAAACCUGGAGGUUGAGAGAAGAGAAAAUUGAGAAAAGAGAAAAGUGCCAGACGUCAUCUGAUUUACAAUCAAAAAUGAAAAUUCAAAGAAUGAGAUAUUCAAGUACUAUAUACUGGAUAGCCAAAGAUGAUAAAAUGCAAAUUCUGAAAAUAAGAUGCAGGAAGUACAUUGUGCUCUUUCAAAACUGAUAAAAAUGCAAAUUACAAACAGCUGCCUGUGUAUUUAUGUAGGUCUGGAAUUCAUUCGAUGCAUUGCCACAAACAUUUAAUAAAAUUUAAAAGUUUGACAAUUAAAAUCAUUCUUUAAUUGUAAGCUAAG